UAUUCCUUAAACUGGAUCACAGGGACAGUAAAAUUAUCACAAAGUUGAAGUGGAAUUAUUGUAAAUCCUAAUUAAUCAAGUGGAUUAUAAAUAUGGCAAAGCCAACAAAGAUCACGGCUAUGGAGGUGAAGGACAUACGGUUCCCAACAUCAUUGGAGAAAGAUGGUUCUGAUGCCAUGCAUUCAGCCCCAGAUUAUUCCUGCCCUUAUGUUAUCCUAGAAACAGACUCAACUUUGCAAGGUCAUGGUUCCACAUUCACUGUGGGAAAGGGAAGCGAAAUUGUUUGCUACGCCAUCAACACAAUGAAGAAAAUGGUUGUGGGUAGGAAUCUAUCGGACAUUUUCAACAACUUUGGUGCUUAUUGGAGGGAAAUAACAAAUGAUGACCAAACAAGAUGGAUAGGUCCAGAAAAAGGAGUUACACACCUAGCAACAGCUGCUAUUAUCAAUGCCUUAUGGGAUUUAUGGGCAAAAAUGGAAGGAAAGCCUCUUUGGAAACUACUAGUUGAUAUGGAUGCAGAACAACUUGUGAAUACGAUAGAUUUUAAAUACAUGUCUGAUGCUUUAACCAAAGAUGAAGCCAUAGCUAUACUCAAAAAGAUGGAUGCAACAAAAGCCAAGAGAGAAAGUGAGAUCUUAAAGACUGGAUACCCGUCCUACACUACGUCAUGUGGAUGGCUGGGAUAUAGUGAUGAAAAAAUAACCAAGCUCGCUACAGAAGCAAUGGCCCAAGGUACAUCCAGGUUUAAGAUGAAGGUUGGCAAAGACUUGCAAGAUGAUAUCAGAAGAGCUAGAAUAUUUCGUCAAGUGAUAGGCUUUGAUAGAGUUUGGUGUGUAGAUGCCAAUCAGAAAUGGGAUGUACAAGAAUCUAUAGACUGGAUGACCGCACUAGCUCCAUACAAGCCAUUGUGGAUAGAGGAACCAACCAGUCCUGAUGACGUACUUGGUCAUGCUGCCAUUGCUAAAGCUCUGAAUCCCCUGGGUAUUGGUGUGGCUACAGGAGAGAUGUGUCAGAACCGUGUCAUGUUUAAACAGUUUUUACAGGCCAAUGCUCUACAGUUUUGUCAGAUAGAUGCAUGCAGAGUGGGCGGUGUCAAUGAAGUACUUGCCAUUAUACUCAUGGCUGCCAAAUUCAACGUUCCUGUCUGUCCACAUGCUGGAGGUGUUGGUCUGUGUGAACUAGUUCAACAUUAUUCCAUGUUUGAUUAUAUCAGAGUGUCCGGAUCUCUAGAAAACAGGAUGACAGAGUUUGCUGAUCAUUUACAUGAACAUAUGUUAGCACCUGUUGCUGUCAAAAACGGAAAUUACGUUCCUGCCAAGGCACCAGGAUUUCUGGUUGGGAUCCAGCCCCAAACACUGAAGGACUAUGAGUACCCAAAUGGUGCUGCUUGGCAGAAAUUGUUUGAUCAGGGUCUCUUCGAGAGAGAGUGAUGGACCUGUAUAUAAAACUUAAUAAAUAUGUUUAUUUUUAAAAACUGA